GUGUGAGGCACAUAAACAUGUUUGUAAGAGACAGUUGCGGUUUUAUCAGCACAAACAGCAGCAGUUUGUUUGGCAAACUAUGUAACCACAGGGUGAAACAAAAUGUUGACCUGGGUCCUCUGUACAAUCCAGAGUAGAGAGAGGGUGAGGGUCCCAUACUCCAGUAGCUACUAGUACACUGAGUAGUGUACACAUCAGUGGGACCAUCUCUACACUGAUAGGUAGCAGUACUACCCACUGCAGUGGAGCUCAUGUUGAC